AAUGCAGCCAAACGAAGGCUGACUCUUAGGUCUUCCAGUUUGCCGCUCUUACCCCGGUGUCCAAUCAAUGAACUCAAAUCCUUGCAUUGGUGAUCACAAAAACAUGAGGGAGCCGAAACUUCUCACGUUAUUCUCUAUAAUAGAGUACACGAAAAUUUAACUCAGGUUUUGAAAAUCUGAGGUUCGAACAUUCCUUGACAGGUCUGCUUUUCAGCUCUGUCACCAAAAUGUUUAUCUUUAUCACGAAGGAACACAGAAAAAUAAUUUUUUGUUUUAUUGACUAGCACGUGUGUGUGGAUACAAAGUGUGAUGCAGCCAUGAAAAAAGGUAUGUGCGGAUGGUCGAACGAGAAAGCCUAACAUCACGACCAAACUUUAUCAUCUUGUUAAAAUAACCGUAUUUUCUCACUUAUGCGCUCCGCUAUAACUCUUAAAAAAUAAAACAAAUGUAUUUUUUAGCGCCGGGAUUUAUGUUGUCGAUAUUUGAUACCGUUAAAAACGUUGUUUUAAAUUCAUGUAAAUCAUCAUUUAUUAAAGUUGUGAAUACGAGACAAUAUUUUGAUAUUUAAAAACUGUUCUAUGUAAUUAUUAUAUUUCAUGAACCAGAAAAUGAAAUGAAAUGGAAUUUACAAUUCCAAGGACCCUCUCAUUCUAUCCAAAAAAAUGAAGAGUUUUCAAUGAAGUCAGCAUUGAUAACCACUGUUCGCGAUCCAGAGGACGUAUGUUGCCCCUUUGCAGCAAUAAACGCUGUGGCCCCCAUCAUAGCUGUUUUUUGAAUUUCACACAGGGCUCCACCGGUUGCAUAGCAUUCCCGGAGAAUAUACGACAAUUUGAACAUUUACAUACAUGCUUCAUUGGGAUGAGCAAGGGAUCACGUUCAAGUACUUCUAUGUAUUCGAGGUUCUGGUUGGUAAUUGCAUUUUUGACUUAUCGCAUUCGUACAAAUAAAGUUAGUGGCCAGUGUCACACAGCGGAAUACUCUGUGAGAGGAAUGUACCUCCGUGGUCACACGUUUAAAAACGUCCAAGUGGAAUUACAUGAGACGUGCUACUUCAAGUGCACGGAAGAAGUCACAUGUCAGAGCUACAACUUCGUCAUUGGUCUUAACAUAUGUGAGCUAAACAAUCGUACAAAGGAAGCAAGACCAGAAGAUUUUUUGCCAGAUGAGAUGAGAUACUACAUGAAGCGUCUUACUAACAGAGGUAGCUGGCAGAAGGUAAAUGGUGAAUAUUCUGUCUGCUUUGGAGCGAAAGAUAACCAGUAUGGUUCCGUGACAAUCCCCAAAAGUGGACGUCUCCGAGCCAUGAAGCUCAUCCACAAAUCAGGAUCGUUACGCUGCAAUCGCGUAACUGGCUCAUCGUUCUGGGGUUGCACUUACCGUGCAUAUAAUGGAACACUAUCGACAAUUAUAACAGAUGCUGAUAAAAACGCCGUCCUACCUCCUGAUGAAGACCUAGAAGGGUUUGAUGUCUCACAAUCUCACGAAUGUGGCACCGAAAAACACUUUUACAGUCUCGAUGGGACCAGCCACAAUUCUACUGUACUGGUUUUUCGCAACCUUUCGAAUCCGUUGUCUGUGUCACGCGAUCAAGAGUUGCAGAUAUGGUACGGGCAAGAUCUGAAAGACUGUUCGGAACGUGGGAACAGUGGUAAAACUUGUGUUGAUGUGUUUGCAUGGUACGAGUAAGAGAACCGUCACUCAGAAAAAAUUUCAAUUGAGUACCAAAAGUCAGCUUUCGUUUUGUUUUAGUUCGUUCUUUGGUUUAGGAAAUUCUUACCAUCUCCUCAAUAAAUCAGAUUCAAUCCUAAAGCCAA